GUUCAAGUUCUUCGGAAUGCAGGAGAAGAAGUGACCCUAACAGUGUCCUUUCUGAAAAGAGCACCUGCUUUUCUCAAAUUGCCUCUGAAUGAAGAUUGUGCAUGUGUUCCUAGUGACCAAAGCAGUGGCACAUCAUCUCCCCUCUGUGACAGUGGAUUACAUCUCAACUUCCAUCCCAACAGUACGGAUACACUAUCAUGUUCCUCAUGGCCAACAUCACCAGGGCUUAGGUGGGAGAAGAGAUGGUGUGAUCUCCGAUUAAUCCCGCUCCUUCAUUCCCGUUUUUCCCAGUACCUCCCAGGAUCAGAUUUGUGCAGGCAAAAUGCAUUCCAAGUAAUUGCUGUGGAUGGAGUUUGCAGUGGAAUAAUUCAGUCUCUCUCUGCUGACGACUGUAUGGACUGGCUACAAGCAAUAGCAACUAACAUUUCCAACCUCACAAAGCACAAUAUAAAAAAAAUCAACAGGAAUUUUCCCGUAAACCAGCAGAUAGUCUAUAUGGGCUGGACAGAAGAACGGGAACAAGACUCCCUUCAGGACCGAAUGUAUACACCAAAGUUUCUAGCUCUGAGGGGUUCCUCUCUUUAUAAAUUUAUAGCACCUCCAGUCACCACGUGGGAUUGGACACGAGCUGAAAAAACAUUUUCAGUUUAUGAGGUCAUGUGCAAAAUUCUCAAGGACAGUGAUCUGCUGGAUCGUCGAAAACACUGCUUCGGUGUCCAAUCUGAAUCUGGAGAGGACCUCUACUUUUCCGUGGAGUUAGAGAGUGACCUAACCCUGUGGGAAAAAGCCUUCCAAACAGCAACUUUUUUAGAAGUUGAACGAAUUCAGUGCAAGACGUAUGCCUGUGUUUUGGAGAGUCAUCUUAUGGGGCUUACGAUUGACUUUGGCAUGGGCUUUGUCUGUAUUGAUGCUGCCACAAAGGCUGUGCUUUGGAGGUACAAGUUUUCUCAGCUUAAAGGAUCUUCUGAUGAUGGCAAGAGCAAAAUCAAAUUUUUGUUCCAAAAUCCAGAUACUAAGCAGAUUGAAGCAAAGGAGUUGGAAUUUUCCAAUCUGUUUGCAGUCCUUCACUGCAUCCAUUCAUUCUUUGCUGCCAAAGUGGCUUGUUUGGACCCAUUGUAUGUAGGCAGUCAAGCCGCCACAUCUGCUGUUGCCACAACUUCUGGUACUGGCAAAUCAAAGUAUACUACUUGACAUCUUGCAUUUCAGCACUACCACUUACCAACAGUACAUAACAAUGUAUAAAUAUUCGUCACAUUUAGACCUUUGGAGACUGCGAACAUGGAAACCAAUCCAAGAGGCAAGCCAUGCUGCAGUUUCAGCAGAAAAAUGGUCACAUGGGAUCAUACAUUCAUCUCUGUUCUGCAACUCCAGUAAAUAAUCCUAGCUGAAACCCUGGAAUAGGAUGGAUAUGCUUUUAGUGUGAUCUAUGUACUUACAUAGUGCUUUAAGCAACACUGGAGGCAACAGGAAAACAAAUGACACGGUGAAGCACUUAAGUAUUUAAUAAAAUUUUCAGCUGUCUGUAAUAAUACACAAUUAGAAUUGUCAUUUACUUAUUUUCAGAUGUUUUUAUAUGACAACAUACAAAGCUCUGAGUAUAAACAUAGGGCAAUAGCAUAAUAGUAUAAAUGACACAACAGCAAGCAAGAGGCAUAUUGUUUGUGACAACAAGGAGAUAAGCAUGAAAGGGCAUUUGUGUAAGUAUCUCCUCAAAGAAGAAAGCACUUUACACACUCCUGUAAUUUCAUACUGUUUUCCUAUAUGGAAACAUGCUAUUGUUGUCUAUUUUGUUGUCAUUCUGUUCUAAUUGUAAUGAUAAAGUUAUAGCCAUAUUGGUCUAGCACAUAAAGACAAAUAUAGUGGAGAAACUUUUACAGACACAGGACCCUCUUCAAGUCAAAAUAGGUGGGAUAUGAAUUUGAUUUCAAUUAUAAAUUAAGUACAAGUGAGUGACAGAUCUGGUACAACGGUUGCUUUGUUCAUUCUCCUGUUUUAAAGGGAAGGAGGUCUUGUAAUCUAAGGGUAUUUGUAUACAAAACCUUAGUAUUGAAUUUUGUUUCAGACAUUGUACAUCUAACACAUUGUUUCAGUAUGUAAUGUUGAUUUCAUAUCACAAGCAAGGAGGCAAGAACUCUGUUCCACUCAGGCUCUUAAUAAAACAGGCACUAGCAGUAACACUAGAAAAAUGAUUCCACACUUUGAAUUCUUACCAACUAAAUGACAUUAUUUCUUUUUAUUUAUGUAUUUAUUUAGUUUAAGAUGAGAACAAAUUAAAUAAACUGCAAAGCUAGAAUAAUUGACAUAAUACACAAUAGCUUUCUGUAGUUAAAAUAUGACAUAAUCUCGGACUACAUAUUGUACAUAUUAUUCUAAGAGCCUCAUUUCAUGAUGAAUGUAAAGCUCAAGGAGCAAAUUUGGAACUACUCUCCAUGCAUCCAAAGAUACAUUACUUGAAUACCAUUUUUGCAACUGACUUUAAUCUUAAACUAGCAGAUAAAUGUUGGGAAUAUUAUUGUGAUGUAGCUGAAACCUAGUAAAUUGAGGAUUUUUUUUUAAAACAUGACCACAUAACUCAAAAGAAUCAAAUAUUUAUACACCUACAGUAACACACAUGAAUUUUAUUGCAAAAAAAAAUAAAAAAUAGCCCGCUGCAGCUGUAGCAUGUGUAUAAUGUUUUAAAUACUAAUCAUUAUUCUGUUGUUUCUUGUUAUUUCUGGAAUAUGUUUGGGUGGCAGUUGGGGGAGGAAAAGGAAGAGUUCCCAAGUUUGCAAAAGGAUUCAGCCAGUUAAAAAUAAAAAAACUUAAAUAUUUUAGUAUGACUAUAAAGUAACAGUUAUACAUUUAGGUCCCAGACCUUCAAUUUAAAAUGUAUGGGCAGACCCUUGCAGAUAUGCUGGGAUCCAUCCAUGUGUCAGAAAUUGCAGGAUCAGGGUCCAAAUCCUCCAUGUGUUCUAUCAGCUACCAACGUACAUAUCGCGUGAGGGUUAUGGACACGUUUUUUAUAGCUCUGCCUUAUGUGCCAGACAGGUUAAAUUUAUCAGUGUUCCAGGUAAUGUAUAAUUAUUUUAUAUUCAAAUAUAAAUUUAGAGGAACUUUUUUUUUUCAGAAAGGGCACAAUUCAAAAUGAAUGUUUGGGACAUAUCUGAUUGCUUGCUUCUCUCUCUCUCAUGAUUUUUAUCACCAGCACUUGUCUUUACCCACAUAAGAGGAAAUCCACCUUUUUGAAAAUCUGCACAAGACUCACAGUAGCUGCCUGACUCCCAGGAACAUUAAGUAUAGUUACCGUGAUUGCCCUAUUCAAAAAAUUGCCAGCACAUUUUACAUAGUUAGCAUGGUUAUUUCUCAUACUAACUACCCUACUGUCGUAUCUCAGCUACUUGUGUAGUAACUGUUGGCAAACAAUGAUUUUUUAAUAACAACUGUUGUGUUGAAGACAAACUCUGUCCUCAUUGAAACCUAUGAACAAUUCUCAUAGAUUUCAGUGGAACCCAGGAUUUGGCCCUUAGAUAAUAUGAAGUGCAGAUGUUUUGAAUCUGAAACUAUAACCGUAUCAGGGGUUAAGCAUAGUAAUUGGGCCUCUUUUCCUGUCAAGAAAGCAUCAAGCAGAAAAAUUAUAAUGCAAAAAUGACCAUUUUAAAAACAGGAGACCAGUUUUAUUUUAAGAAUAAUUUUACUGCCUCUCUCUUCCCAAAUCUGCCGCCCUUUUUAAAAAUCAUUAUUAUGGCUCUCAGACAUUGCAGUCGUGGUGUAAAUAAAUACCUAGAUAAAUAGAUUGUUGGUGGUACUAGAACUAAAAACCAAUCAACACAUAUUGUGCUAAAAUCUGUCCUCAGUUUACACCAGUACACAUUAUACACAGGACUCCACUACUGGAACUGAAAGCAGGAUUUGGUCCAACACAAUUUACGAAGUUUUCUUUAAAUUCAUAUAAAACUCUGAAUAUAGCACCAUAUAUGAAGCAUAACUGAUAGCAUUCCAUGUGAAAGCACUAAGAUUUGAAGAGUUUCAUAUGGCAGAAUGUGAUUUGAAAUCAAACACAUUCUACAUAGUGCUGAAAAGGAUCAAUGAAAUAUUUGAGGCAAAAUCCCCCCUUCCAAUCUACGCUGGAGAUUUGUUACAUAAUCUGUAUGUAGAACUGCCAUUAUCACCAGUGGGAAUUUUGCACAUGUAACAAGCAUAGAAUAUUUAACAGAUGCUGCAGUGAAAAUUGGAAAUCAGGAUUUUUCCUUGUUUUGGAAGAUCUAAACUGACUUAUGGGAUUCAUCAGUAUUUUUUAUUUUAAAAAGCUGAAACAGAUGUCAUAAAAUUAGCACUGGCUGCAUCUUUGUCUUGGUAUACAAAUACAGGAAUGCCUUGCAUACUAAUGACAUAAGGUGAGUGGGAUAAUAUUCUUUAUUGGGAGAAGCUGGUCCAAUGAAAGAGAGAUUACAUCACCCACCUUGUCUCUCUAAUGUCCUGGGAUUGACAUGGCUACCCCACCAUUGCAUACUAAUAUCAUGGAAAUAAAUCUUUUCCCAAUUUAUUCAGCAAUAGAUAUGUCUGUCAGGUUGUUCAUCCUAGAGAGGGGUAACUGGUAAUUGGAAAGUCAACAUUGGGGACCAAGGGAGGCAAAUUUUAAAGUACAUAUUACAGAGCCUAUAAAAGUAAUGAGAAAUGUGAAAUAUAUUAUAAAAGUGUUUAAGGGCCAUUUACUUGGAUACAUUUAUGAGUAUCCCAUUUUAAUCACUAAUCACGUCAUGCACACACGUGUCCAACAGCAAAAUGUAUGUAUAGCAGUAUUAAUACAGGAAAUAUUACCCUCAAAUCAUUGGAUGUAUUAAAAUGUUUAUAAUUCUGUGCAUCCAAGCAACUACAAAACCUGUAUGCAACUAAUGAAAUGAUCAUUUUCUGGGAAAAGGCUGUGUUACAAUUAAAUACCAACCUUUCUGUUACCAACACAACCAAAAAACCAAACUCUUGGAAUAAUGUGUGAGUUGUACUAUCUAUGGCCUUGACCCUUGGAAUUAGUUUGAUCAAAAUAUUUCUUUACGCAAAAUGUACCUUGUCUGCUGUUAUCCUAUAAGAUACACAGCUGUUAAUCGUAGGCUAAAAUACUUGAUUUGAGUCAUGAUGGAAAAUUUUAGAUUGAACUGCACAGAGUUAACCAUAGCCUGGUAUGUUUCAGGGGUAUAGCAUAGAUGUAAUUCUGCUAUAAAAGUGUUGUAGAUUCUGAUGAUACAAUGUUCUGGAUUUCACGAGUGAAGAAAUUAUAUGUUUCACAUCCCUAAAUUUAUUUACAAAUAUAGGACCAGAUUUUUGAAAGAAUUUAGCACUCAGCUGAGAUCUUUUGAAAAUAGGGCUCCAACUAUGAGUGCUCAGCGCUUUGAAAACCCAGCCCCUAGCUUCCAAUUUGGACUACUGAAACCAGAAUUCUUAGGAAUAUGAUGAGCCUCAUUCUGUAAAAUAAUAAUAUACUGUAUCUAUAUCAUUUAGAGUUAGAUGCCAAAAAACUUUAUCACCAAAUUAGGCCCUGACUUACACAUGCUUAACUUGACAUCAGUAGGACUUCUCACAGUGCAUAAAGUUAAAUAUGUGAGUAAGACUUUGCAGGAUUGGGGCCUUAAUGCCCUAUUCUGCUCCCAAUGAAGUAAAUGUCAAAAUCCCUUUGGCUUCACUGGGAUCAGAACAAAAGUGUCAGCUCCCGUAACUAAGGGUAUGUCUGCCUUGCAAUCAGACGGUAUAAUGGUGGCAUGAGUAGACAUGCCCGAGCUGGCUUUGAUCUAGCUAGAACAAAGCUAGCUUGAAUAACAAUAGCAGUGAAGCCAAAGCACAUGGGAGGCUGCAUGGCCUACCCCCACCCACCCAGAACCCUGGGAAUGUACUCAAGCAGCUACCACCAUGCUGCCUUGUCUUCACUUCUGUGGUUACUCAUGCUGCUACCUCUGUAGCUAGAGCAAAGCUGGCUCAGGUAUGUCUAUACAUGCUGCCUUCACACCACCUGAUUGCACUGUCGACGUACCCUGGCUGUCUACAGCGUAUAGUUUUAAACAAAUUAUGUUCAUUCCUUCAAUGCCUUAAGAUGUAUCUUGUGUCCAACAAAAUGACAAACAGGCAUAAGAUCAUGUGACUGUACAGUGGAUGCCAUUAUAAAGGCAGCAUCCAUCACUUACCAUACAAUGGUAUCUAUGAUACCAUAACUUUUCCUUUGCUUAAAAUAUGAAAUAAUUCGGGCAACUGUGUGCUGACUCCAUGCAACCAUUUGGCAAAUGCUGAUGUAUUAAUAGUGGUCACUGUACAUUAUAUUGUACAGUGCACUGGCUUAGAGUUGCAGAGUGGUGGUGGAAUCCCAAUACAGCCAAUGCUUGAGCCUAAUAUGGGCCUCUUUCCCUUUACACAAGGUGAAAAAUCUGAGGAGCAAUGAGUAACACUGCUCUACCCAGCCAUUGCCCUGCUACAAACGUACCCCACCCAGAACCACUGCAUGCAUGCAGAGCCCUUGUGCGGCCUUCUAAGCUCCUAUCCCUGUCAUGCGGAAGAGCUAUACUGAACUCGCUGUACCUGUGGAGGAGGGGAUAGUAUUUGUCCUUAAUAAGGAGUAUGGUCCUGAUUCAGAAAAGCAUCUCUGUUCUGGGAGGGUGCUUAAGCAUGUGAUUAACUUUCAGAUUAAAGCGACUAAAGCCAAGUAUGUGCAUAAGAGCUUCCCUGAGUCGGAGUGGUCUUAAGCAUGCUGGUAAGUGCAUUCCUGAAUCAAGGCCUAUAGUGUCAACUAAAUUCUGAGUACAAGUUCCUAUUAAAAAGUCACCAUUUUCUAGCAGUGGUACCUGAGAUGUGGCAGUUGUCUUCUAUUGAGAGCAUUGGAAAAUCCUGUGCUAUCUGCAUUGUAGUGCUGUAAUUGGUGGCUAAUGCUAGCAACCACUCAACUCAUGUUAUCUAUCACCUUUUGCUCAAGGGAAUAAAAAUAUUUUCUAUUUGGAUUCUGUAUAUUAUUACAGAACUUCCUCAACCAUAAUCUAGAUAAAAAUAGACUGAGUCAAUGUAUAAUCUAACCAUUCUCCUUCAGAUAAUAUAAUCAGUUGGCACUUCUGAGAAAUAUUUACGACUUCCAGCUUCAACACCUUCCAAAUAAAAAUCCCAGCCAGAUAUUCUAGAAAAACUUGCUUUAUGUAAUAUAUAUUAAGAAAAAAAAUAUCUAUUGGGCACAAAGCAAGCAUAAAGGCAUAAAAUAUUAUCUUUUAAACACUUCACAUGCUAAGAAUAUAAAUUUAAAGUAAAAUAUGUAUAUUCGUUGAAGAAAUGACUAUUGCAAAAGUUGCACAGUCUGGAUAUACAAUCAGUAAAUUGAUUAUCAUUAGCAAUCUCACUUUCCCACACCUCCAAAAAUGCUAUUUUUGAAUUAUUUUUAUCCCUUAGCACAUUUGCAGUAUAUCUCAUAAGUUUUAAUUUCUUAUGGAAAGAAAUGACUGAACAAAUGUAACAGAAAUUGCUAUAUAUUUUCUAAAUAUUAAAGAUUUUAAAAUGAAGAUGAAACCAUUCAAAUUAUUUAUUUAAUUUUAAUUAUGUUUUUGUGGCUAUUUGUGAUUAUGUAUGUGUGACAAACAUGUCACAUAGUUGUUUAAGCUCAUUAAUGUACCUCUAAUAAAAUUUUAUCUCUGUUUUG